AUGGGAGUGGAUGAAAAUACUGGCAAAUCGGAUCACAAAAUCCAUCGAGUACAUAAAGUUGGUGGAAAAGCGAGGAAAAAAGCUGUUAAAAAAGGAAAUGGAGUUAACGCAAAAGCUUUCACAUUUCAGUCUGCUGUUAAAGCAAGUCGCGCUAUUCGCAGAGCAGCAGAUAAGGAUGAAAGGAAGAAACAUAUACCGGUAGUCGAUCGCAGUCCAGUCGAGCCACCUCCAGUCAUUGUUGCAAUCGUUGGUCCUUCAAAGGUUGGAAAAAGUACGUUGCUGCGGUGUCUAGUAAAGCAUUAUGUGAGACAUACCAUAACUGAAAUUCGUGGACCAAUCACAAUUGUUACUGGCAAAACUCGACGAGUGACAUUCGUCGAAGUGAAUAAUGAUUUAAACUCCAUGAUCGAUAUUGCGAAAGUUGUUGACCUUGUUUUGUUGAUGGUGGAUGCUUCUUACGGAUUUGAGAUGGAGACAUUCGAAUUUCUAAAUAUAUGUCAAGUACAUGGAAUGCCUCGAGUCAUGGGUGUUCUUAGUCAUCUCGAUGUAAUUAAAAAGAAGGAGAAAUUGAAACGUACCAAGAAAUUGCUGAAGCAUCGCUUUUGGACGGAAGUUUACCAGGGUGCAAAACUAUUUUACCUGUCGGGAAUGAUCAAUGAGCAAUAUUUAAGAAAUGAAAUUCGAAAUCUUGCACGUUUCAUAUCUGUCAUGAAGUUUCGUCCUUUAGUGUGGAGAACUAGUCAUCCGUAUAUUUAUUGUGAUCGUUACGAAGAUUUGACCGACCCAGAGUUACUUCGCGAAAAGCCAUUGGCUAACCGUACGAUUUCGUUGUAUGGUUGGGUACGUGGGACGUUUCUCAAAAAUCGUUCUGCUGUGCAUAUUCCUGGAAUAGGCGAUUUAAUCAUAAAAGAUGUGACAGUUUUACCGGAUCCGUGUCCGCUGCCAUCAAAGGAAAAGAUGAAACGUUCACUGAAUGAAAAAGAGCGUAUUAUUUAUGCUCCGUUUUCUGGUCUUGGUGGUAUCGUUUACGACAAAGAUGCUAUUUAUAUUGAAACGGGUGGUUCACAUUUAUAUAAGAAAACUCGACACGAACUCGUUGAAAUAUUGGAAAAUGUUAAAGAGGGUAUUGAUGAUAAGAUGCAUAAAACAGCAUUGAAAGUGGUUACAAAUUCCCAAGUCACUAUACCUCAUAGCGAGAGUGGAAGUGAAAUGGAUGAUGGUGAUUGUUAUACGAAGGACGAAAUGGAAAGCACUGAUGAAGAAUCGAGUGACUUUGACGAUUCAGACAUUGAAAGUGAUGUAACUGAGAAUGAAAAGAAUGAGAAAGGUUAUGAAGAAAAGGGCAUUAAGCGUUGGUCUGAACUUUGUAUGCGAGCAAAAUUAUUAUACAGUGAAAAAAAAUCGACGAGACUGAACUAUGCUAAAGUUGUGUACUCUGAUUCUGACCUGCAUGAUCAGAAUGAAGAAAAACAAGAUCAAGUACUUGGUGGCCUUUUUAAAGUCUUGACUCGAUCAAAGAAUACUAUUGAUAACUUGGAAGAUGGUUUUCUCUAUCAUAAACCGUCAACAAUUACAUCCCAACAGCUAUUUAAUCAACGUGACUGGGAUGAUUUUGAGGUUCGUGCAUCGAUUGCGGAUUGCUUUGUUACGGGAAAUUGGAGUCCUGACGAAGAUGCUAUUAUGCAAUUAGAAGAUGGUGAAAGAGGUGGUUCUGGUAUAAACGACAAAGAUUACGACCCUUCUAUCGAAGGCAAGUCUAGUGAAGAUGAGAUUGACCAUGUUGACGAAACUGGAGAAAAUAUAGAUCCUGCAGCAGUAACAGGGAGAAGUGACGAGGAAGCAGCUAAAAAAAGAAAAAUUGAGAAAGAAAAGUUGAAAAGCCGUUUCAACGCUGAAUAUGACGAAGCCAACAAACAUUACGUACAACUGAAAGAAGAGCUUGAAGAGCAGUCGAAGCUCAAUAAGUCAGUCUUUGAAGAGAUGGAUGAAACAGCUCGGUUACAGUUAGAAGGUUUCCGACCGGGGUUAUAUGUUCGAAUAGAAUUCGAAGAUGUACAUAUGGAAUUUUUACAGCAUUUCGAUCCAACCAGGCCAUGUAUUAUAGGUGGCCUUCUUACCGGUGAACAGAAUAUUGGUUCUGUACAAGUGCGAGUGAAGAAACACAGAUGGUAUGAGCGGUUGUUGAAGUCACGAGACCCUCUUAUUAUAUCAUGUGGUUGGAGGCGAUUUCAAACUGUUGUCAUAUAUUCGAUACAGGACCAUAACAUGAGACAGCGUUUCUUGAAAUACACGCCAGAGCAUAUGUUCUGUCAGGCAGUCUUUUGGGGACCAAUAACAGCACAGAACACAGGAUUCCUUGCUGUACAAUCGCUAAGUAGAAAUGUGAAAGGCUUUAGGAUUGCUGCAACAGGUGUUGUAUUGAAUCUAGAUAAGGCCUUCCAAGUUGUGAAAAAACUGAAGCUUAUUGGUCAUCCAUAUCGGAUAUUCAAGAAGUCGGCUUUUGUCAAGGGAAUGUUUAACACUGUAUUGGAAGUAGCAAAAUUUGAAGGCGGUAUUAUACGCACAGUUAGUGGUAUUCGUGGUCAAAUCAAAAAAGCGUUACGUGAGCCAGCUGGUGCGUUUCGGGGAACUUUUGAGGACAAAAUUCUCAUGAGCGAUAUAGUUUUUCUUCGCGCUUGGGUAUCUGUGCCUGUACCUCAUUUCUAUACUCCUCUAACAGAUCUUUUAUUACCAUUGAAUCAAGAAUGGGUGGGUAUGAGAACAGUAGGUCGCUUACGUUUUGAAAUGGGUUUGAAACCGCCGUUGAAGAUGGAUUCAUUUUACAAACCAGUGGAAAGGCGACCAUUUAAUCCGGCACCGUUGCUUAUUCCAAAAACACUCCAGAAGCAACUACCAUAUCGAUUAAAACCAAAAGUUGCGAAAGAAAUCAAGAAGACGGGUGACAAGCUUGUGGAGAAGCAUAAUGCAAUUAUAUUAGAGCCGCAUGAAAGCAGGAUAAAUCGAUUCAUGGAAAUACUAGAUACAGUACAUAUGGAAAAAGUGAGGAUAGAGAGAAAAGCAACGGCACAACGUGUUAAAAAACAUCGCAUAGAAAUGGCAGCAUUGGAAGUACAACGACAAUAUGGAAUAAAAAAGACAAAAAAAAAGAUUUGCCGUUCAUUUUCUAAGCGAGAACAGGUGAAAUUACGCAGAGCACUGGAUUCAGUUAGCAACAGUAAAUAA